AUGCUAUCCAAAAAGUCGCUUUCCAGAGGCGGGAGAUCCUUUCAGAGAGCGGAAAGUGAACAAGAGCCAACCCCACAACCCCAAAAAGUCAAUGAGAACCGACUCGUCUCCACUCCAAAGACCAUCAAGUUGAUUGGCCUUGCUGCUCUGCUACUGGUGCUCACGGCUACGUAUUCUCCGAUAUCCCAAUUGACACUUUCGCCAGUCUAUGGAUCUGUCCCCUCUGUAGCCUUCCACCAGAGGGGGAUGAUGGUGGCUGCUCUCUGUGGAUGGUUCGGAAAAGACCAAAUCAGAAAAAGACUAUCUACAAAGAUUAUGAACUUCUUGCCGGUACUGGCGCUCAGUAUUCCGACUAUCCAGUUUUUCCUAUUUCAGUGGAGCGAACAGCUGGGUGCGGUAUAUGGCCCGUUCCUGACUGAACUCCUCACAUAUUUCCCUUUGGUAUUUCUAUCGGUAGCCUCAGUGGCUAUGUUGCUCGAAGAUGCCGGUUUGAAACGAUACAGCGAGACUUUGGGGAAUCAUGGCCCUUUUUUUGGGUCAUAUAUUCUCUUCAGUACUCUCCAGAAGUUUAUUGGGUUUUUAUUACCUAGGUAUAUUGGACACAAUGCCUUGAUGGCUCGCGCUCCGCUGCAACUUAUAGCUGCUUCUCUUUACGCAAUUUCACUUCCAUCGAAAUGGCUAUUGCUCGCGUUACCGUCAGUGUUUUUUUCUGCUCGAUAUAACGUACACUUCCCGUUCGAACACAACACGGCACUUUUGAACUCAACCUUGCAAGCUGAAAAUUUCAUUUUACUGCAUCGAGAGGAGUCAUUGACGGGGUAUCUAUCCGUUUUGGAGAAUGUAAAGGAGCACUAUCGGGUGAUGAGCGGACUCGGAAUCGGUACAACACCUACUGCGCUCGUAAAUCACGGUAUAGAUACAACAGUGGUCGAGAUAGACCCCGCAGUAUACCAUAUUGCUGCGGACUACUUCAGCAUUCCAAAAAAUUUUACACCGGUUAUCCAAGACGCUGUCAGGUUUGUGGAUGAAGCGACAAGAGCAACUCCAGCCCCUAGAUUCGACUUUAUUGUGCACGAUGUCUUUACUGGCGGAGUAGAGCCAAUUAACUUGUUCACGGUAGAAUUUAUGAAAGGUCUCAGUGCUCUUCUGAAAGAGGACGGCGUAAUUGCUAUUAACUAUGCUGGAGACUUAUCUCUCCCAUCGUCUGGCCUUAUCGUUCGGACGAUAAAAUCUGUGUUCCCAAGUUGCCGGAUUUUCCGUGAAAGUGAGCCACCUGCAGAUACUAGGGAAGGAGAUUUUACAAAUAUGGUUAUCUUCUGUAAACAGACGGAUUUCCCAUUGGAGUUUCGAAACCCCACCGAAGCCGACUUUCUCGCCAGCAAGUCUAGGGAAUCGUACCUAUUGCCCCAGACAUCCUUGCAGUAG